AUGCAAGCAUCUCGUUGUCGGGUCUUGCGUUGGGCUUCCUUUCGCCCAGCAUGGAACCGAACGCCCGCGGCAGGGUUGCAUAACUUGCUAUGCUAUCAUACCGAGAUCCGUCCAUCGCCGGCUGCACAGCGAGUUUCUAGGCUCAAGCGGAACUUUACCUCUAGCUCACCAAGGAGAUUCAUGCUAGAUGCCGACUCCACGAUUUAUGCUCUAUCAACAGCCCCAGGAAGAGCUGCGAUUGCAGUGGUGCGAGUCUCCGGUCCAGCAUGUGUCUCGAUAUACAAUUCAUUAUGUCCAGAAACAUCCCUCCCAAAGCCACGCCGUGCCGCACUGCGCACCCUCUACGACCCAUCACACCCGCCAUCCGUUAACACGGUCCUGGACGCUGGCGCCCUCGUUUUGUACUUCCCUGCCCCGAAAACGGUUACAGGCGAAGAAAUCCUAGAAUUCCAUAUUCAUGGAGGUCCCGCGAUCGUCAAAGCUGUCCUUGCCGCCAUCGCACACACAAACCAAACUGAUGCCGUCGUGCGCUACGCCGAGCCGGGCGAGUUCACGCGCCGGGCAUUCAUGAAUGACCGGCUCGGCCUUCCGCAAAUCGAGGCUCUAGGUGAUACAUUAUCUGCGGAUACAGAACAACAGCGACGUCUGGCAGUACGAGGGUCUAGUGAUGCGUUGUUGAAACGGUACGAGGAAUGGCGUCAGCAACUGCUCUACGCGCGCGGCGAACUAGAGGCUCUGAUCGACUUCUCGGAAGACCAGCAUUUUGAUGAAUCUACGGAGGAAUUGGUAUCCUCUGUGGCUACACAGAUCCAGUCGCUACAAAUCCAAAUUGGCUUUCACAUCCAGAAUGCGUCUAAGGGAGAACUGCUUCGCAAUGGUAUACGUGUCGCGCUAUUGGGUGCUCCGAAUGCUGGGAAGAGCUCGCUUUUGAACCGCGUUGUUGGUAAAGAGGCUGCGAUUGUCAGUACUGAAGAGGGCACUACUCGUGAUAUUGUCGAUGUUGGUGUUGACCUGGGCGGCUGGUACUGUAAACUUGGAGAUAUGGCUGGCAUUCGUGCUGAGGCGAAUGGCCCCGGAUCUAGUAGCUCUAUUGUUAUUGGUGCGGUCGAAAAAGAAGGCAUUCGACGUGCGAGAGCGAGAGCUUUAGAGUCUGAUGUCGUUAUUGUGGUGUUUUCCAUUGAAGAUACUGCAGACGGUCCUUGUCUAACCAUCGAGCCCGAGGUCCUUGAUGCAGUCAACGACUGUGUACAGGCUGGAAAAUGCCUCGUUGUCGCUGUCAACAAGUGCGACAAGCUUCCCUCUUGGAAGGAAGAUGAUACAUUAGUGCGGGAUAUGACCUCUACCAUUCAUGACCUCCUCCCUGCCGUGCCGACAGAUAGAAUCUUCGCUAUGUCCUGUUAUGAGGCACAGCAGGCAUGCACUUCCCCCGGUCAAAUCGAUCCUGGCCAAUUACAAGGAUUUUUGAAGGGAUUAAUUUCGACUUUUGAGCAAAUCGCCUCGCCACUGGGUGCUGAAGAAGGCACUCAAUAUGAUACAUCAUAUUGGGAGGAUUCUCUAGGAGUCACUCAUCGACAGAGCUCCAAUCUACAGAAGUGCCAAGACCACCUUGACGACUUUCUUUCGCAGACAUCUUCCACUCCUACCCAUGAACCUGAUUCUUGCUUCGGAAUUAUCCCCGACUCUGUUGAUGUUGAGAUCGACAUAGUUACGGCUGCUGAACACUUGCGCUUUGCAGCUGAUAUGCUCGCCAGGAUAACUGGGAAAGGCGAGAGCGGCGACGUAGAAGAUGUCCUCGGUGUGGUUUUUGAGAAAUUCUGUGUUGGCAAGUAA